AAUCGAGUUCUGCAUGAUGAAAUUCGUAAUAAACCUAUGGAAACACUUAAACUUGCUAUUCCAUCAGGGAUAUAUACUCUCCAGAAUAAUUUGCUGUAUGUGGCACUGUCAAAUCUAGAUGCAGCUACUUAUCAGGUUACAUAUCAGUUGAAAAUUCUUACAACAGCAUUAUUUUCUGUGUCUAUGCUUAGUAAAAAACUAGGUGUGUACCAGUGGCUCUCCUUGGUGAUUUUGACAACUGGAGUUGCUUUUGUACAGUGGCCUUCAGAUUCUCAAGAGCUUGAUUCUAAGGAACUUUCAGCUGGCUCUCAGUUUGUAGGCCUAAUAGCAGUUCUCACAGCUUGUUUUUCAAGUGGCUUUGCUGGAGUUUAUUUUGAGAAAAUCUUAAAAGAAACAAAACAAUCUGUAUGGAUAAGAAACAUUCAGCUUGGUUUCUUAGGGAGCAUAUUUGGAUUAAUGGGUGUGUAUGUUUAUGAGGGAGAAUUGGUAUCAAAGAAUGGAUUUUUUCAGGGGUAUAACCGGCUGACAUGGAUAGUUGUCAUUCUUCAGGCACUUGGGGGCCUUGUAAUAGCUGCUGUUAUUAAGUAUGUGGAUAAUAUUUUAAAAGGAUUUGCAACUUCUCUACCCAUAAUAUUAUCAACACUGAUAUCCUAUUUUUGGCUACAAGAUUUUGUGCCAACCAGUGUCUUUUUCCUUGGAGCCAUCCUUGUGAUAACAGCUACCUUCUUGUAUGGUUAUGACCCCAAGCCUGCAGGAAAUUCCACAAAAGUGUAGGUGUAUAUUGUCUUUAAUUGGUUUUUCACAAUGGUGUGCUAGGAGUCUCAAUAUUAAUAUCGCACAGAGGACUUCUACAGAUUCUGUGACGAUGUCAUCAUGCUGAAUCUGAUCAUCUUGUUCAAAUGGUUUGAAACCCCACGGGCAUAAGGAUAAAAUAUGUGUACUGUACAUGUAACAAAACAUUACAUGUAAAAAUUGAAAUGUGAAAGUCUUUCCAAGGGUUAGGAUUAGAACAAGGGUAGGGAGGAAACAUGAAAGCUCAGCUUAAAGAGUUUACCUUUCUGAUUGCAGCAGAUGUUCUAUGCACUCUUUGCCAGAGCACAUAAAUGUCACAUAGUAAUUUUUGCAAAUUAGUUCUACUUACACUUAAUAAA